UUCAAGGGAUGAGUUAGCUUGAUGAUUCGGGCCUAAUUGUACACUUUUUAUUCCCGUUUUCCUUGGACGUUUGUAGCAUCCGGACUCCUAAAAAGGUGGUUUUACGCUAGGUUUUGUGAGUUUUAGAGUGUUUCAGGAUUCAACAGGUGAAACCAUCCCCGGAGUCAAAAGUUGGACGAAAAGAGGUGAAAAUCGGGCAAAGAGGGUGAUCCAGGCAGAGUUCACGGUUUAGCAUGGGAGUUCACGGUCCACUAUGACCGUGAACUGAAGCCCAAAACCGUGAACCGCGAUGCGUCCAGGGAGAAAUCUGCAGUUACUAUUGCGGGACGAGUUCACGGUCAACAAGAGCGUGAAGAUAGAGGCCAAACCGUGAACUCCUAAUGGCGAAGCGGUGUGUUUCGACAGCGUUCUCCGUGUUCAUGGACGCGUUGAAGAGUUCACGGCCGUGAACUGAGGCCGUGAACUGAGCCCGAUCCUGGUAUAAUGUGAGCUGAAAGGAAGAGAGAGGGGAGAUGUCGUUUGUGGUGGAUGCCGGUAUUGCUUGCAACGGCCCAUGUAUUGAUUGCCAAUAGCCAUUGAGAAUUCCCACUUAGUUCCCUUUGAGUUGUCCCCAAAGUAUUUGCGUAGGUUGAAAUAUUACCUUGUGUGAAAUGGUUUGCUUGGGGACAAGCAAACGUCUAAGUCUAGGGGAAUGAUUCAGGCCUAAUUGUACAUGUUUUGCCCCAAUUUUACUUAGAUGUUUGUACCAAAUUCACUCCUAAAAGGUUGGUUUUACGCUAGGUUUCUUGCGUUUUAGUGUGUUUCAGGAUUUGACAGGUGAAACCAGCCUCGGAGUCGAAAGAUUGGCGAAAAGGAUCGAAAACCGGGAGGAGGUGAAAAGGGCCAGUUCACGGCUAACCAAGAAAGUUCACGGUCACGCAUGACCGUGAAGAAGAGUCAUGGACCGUGAAUCGAGAGGCGUCCAGAGCCAAAGUGGAGGUUACUGACGCAAGGUGAGUUCACGGUCACUAAGACCGUGAACGAGGACAGUUGACCGUGAACGGAAGUGAAUGAUACGGCGCAUUUUGGUGCACGCCUGAAGUUCACAGACACGUUUCAUGGUUCACGGCCGUGAAAUCAGCUCGUCUCGGGUUUAAAUGAUGAGCUGAAAGGAGGAGAGAGGGGAGAGCCCAUUGUGUGUGAAAAGCCUUCUUCAACAUUAUAGAGAGAGAAACACAAACCAAAGGAAGAAGAAGGCUAGGGUUUAGCUUCAAGGCAAAUUUUUGGAAGAUUUCCUCCAAGGAAAGCUCAACUCAAGGGCCAAGAAGACUGGGAGCAUCCUCCAAGAUGCUUUCCAUAUCUUUCCCUUUUGUUUUCCCCACUUCUAGCAUGGAGUAGACCUCCUUUCACUUAGGUGUUGUGAAACCCUAACUCUAACAUGUAGUUUUUUUUUAUGUGUAUUGGAUGAUUUUCAUUGGAUAUUGUUCAAUUCAAUGAUUGAGCUAUUAUUUAUCAUGAUUGUGCAUGCUUGUUCUUAGCAACUUAGGGGUUGUGCAUGUUUUGUGCUUAGCACCCUUAGAUUUGUGCAUGUAGGUGCUAGCAAUCUAAUUAGCCACCUUAGCCUAGCUUAGAGAGGAAAAUCCCCCUUCCAAGGGAGACUCAAUCGAGUUGGUUUUCCUUCCGCUUUCUAAGCCUCCUAAACUAGGUUAAGUUAGGUCAACCCUCGAUAUUGAGUUAAGCAAGUAUGUUAAUUGCGAUUAAGCCGUCCGACCUUAGAGUUGAGUGAGGGAGUAAGUCAAUUACCGAUUGUCUAAACCGAGAGGGUCGAGUGACAGGGCCUUUCAUGCUUACCUCGGUUUAGCAAUUGAGAUUGUGGUCUCCGACCACAUAUGCAUCCAUCUGCGGAUCGCGAUUAUCGUGCCCAAAGCAAUUGUUCCAAUCCAGAUAGCAUGGUAGCAGUUAGGGGGAAGCGACACCAGAGUGAUCUUUCCACUAAAGAGUUAUCAAAACCAUUUACCUUUGCUUUCUUUCAUUUCAAUUAGCAAAUGCCAAAGGACAGGUAAUGCUUCUAUCUAAAAUGAGAUGCCCCAAACGAUUUCUAUUACUUGUGAGAUCUUUGAUGUUUGGGGCAUCGAUUUUAUGGGACCUUUCCCCUCGUCUUUUGGUAACAAAUACAUCCUUGUGGCUAUAAACUACGUCUCGAGGUGGGUUGAGGCUCAAGAUCUCCCCACCAAUGAUGCAAGACGAGUCUAUGGAUUUCUGAAAAAGCUGUUUUCACGAUUUGGGACCUCGAGGGCCAUCGUUAGCGACCGAGGAACCCAUUUUCAAGGGAAAUUCAAUAAGCUCAUCUCUCGCUACGGUGUCACCCACCGGAUGUCCAUGGCCUAUCACCCCCAAACUAGUGGAAAAGUCGAGCUAUCAAACAGGGAGCUUAAACGGAUCCUGGAAAAUACCAUGGAUCAAUCUCUCAAGGAUUGGUCCGCAAAGCUCGAUGAUGCUCUAUGGGCAUACCGUACGGCCUACAAAACACCAAUAGGCGUCUCGCCUUAUCAGUUGGUGUAUGACAAAGCGUGCCACUUACCCGUAGAGAUAGAGCACAAGGCUUUCUAGGCCACAAAGCUUUUGAAUAUGGACCCUAGUUUGUGUGGAAAUGAAAGGAAGUUGCAGGUGCUUAAACUUGAGGAGUGGCGUGUCCAAGCCUAUGAGAACACCAAGAUUAUAAGAAGAGGACGAAGCGCUUGCACGAUGCCCGCUUGAAAGGAGGUAAGGAUUUCCAGCCCGGAGACCAGGUUCUCUUGUACAACUCCCGGUUGAAGUUAUUCCCUGGAAAGUUAUGGUCAAAAUGGUCGGGCCCGUAUGUGGUAAUGCAAGUGUUCACAUACGGGGUGGUUGAGAUCUCCCACCCGGAGGAAGUAACUUUCAAAGUGAAUGGACACUGUCUGAAGCGUUACCUUGGAGGAGAGGUAAUGCCACACAAGGAGGUAGUGUUCCUUCAAGAUGCAUGACCUAGCGUCUAGCUUAAGACGUUAAAGAAGCGCUUGUUGGGAGGCAACCCAACAAAGGUUAGCAAGUUUGAACUACUACUACUAUGUAUUGUGCUUGUAAUAACCUCGCUUCGAGCGAGUCAUAUUGUGUUUGUGUGUGUUUUUUUGUCUCUCCUUGAAGCUCAAUUAUCCUACCCCGGUUCGAUUCCAACUUUCACUCACCAAGGCCAAGCGGUAACAUCAUUCAAUACCUUUCUUACGCCAUUGAGGGAAAUGUCGAGUUUAAGUGUGUGUGUGUGGGGGGGGGGGGAUAGUUUACUAGUACGCUUGUGUGAGUGUGAUUAAUGCUUGGAGCCAUUUGCAUGCCCAAAUUUCAAAAAUUUGAGGGCUCCAAGCAAUGUUUGCAUGAGCAAAGUGACCGAAUGGUGGGAAAUUCUCGUGUUUAUUGGCAUUGGUCUCAACUUGUUGCAAGUGAUCGAGUAUAUCCUAUGAUGAUGACUGAGAAGUUCAUUAGGAUAGGACAAAAGUUUAGUUCUCACGUGUGCAUAAAUGAAUGGAUGUCUUGACUUUAUCACUUAUUGUUUACAAUUGCCAUGCAUCGUGUUUGUGAAUUGGAAUAGAUGGUUGGGUAACUAGGUAGCUUGUGAGCUUUGAGCCGAUCGUUUUCUUCCGGUGUGAUAGUUCCCUCUUAACAUGGUGUGUAGCGUCACAAGUUGUCACUAGUAAGUAUGAUGGAGGCAUAGGAUUAGUCCACACCCAAAUGUUGAUUGUCCUGAUAUGUGUCAUCCUUUAGUCAACCCCUUUGAGCCAUGUGACUUUGUGGGUCGUUCUCGAUUUAGGAGCUUCGUGUGUGUGAGCUUAGUGGUGUUAAUAGAACGACCCCAAUCCUUUCUUCGUGCCUAAACAUGAGUCAUCCUUGUGUCCCGAAGCUCUCACCUUUGAGUUUCCAUAGAGGUUCUACAUAGGAAGUUCGUGUGUGGUCCUUGCUAGGAUUGAGAAAAAUGAAGUGUAGUGUUGGAG